CGGGAGCCGGCGCGGCAGCGGAGCGGCAGCAGCGGAGCGGUGCGGAGCGCGGCCCCGGGCAUGCUCCCGGAGCCCAAGUAUGACCGCUUCCGCGACGAGCCGCUGACCGCCCCCAUGCCGUCGCCGGCCCCCGCGCCUUGCCCCGCGGCGGGCGAGGAGCCCGAGCCCGGCACCACCUUCUGCGCGCUGCUGCCGCGGAUGCCGCAGUGGAAGUUCCCCGGCCCCGCCGGCUUCCUCGGCCGCGGCCCCGCCGGCGCCGGCCGGGAGCUCUCCGCGCCGGCCCGGGCGGGCGGCGCCGCGGCCGCGGGGGCCCCCUCGGCGCUGGCCGCCGUGCUGGGCGCCUGCGAACCGCUCUGCGCCGCGCCCUGCUCGCUGCCGGCCGGCGGGCGGCCGCGGGGGGCGGCGGGGACGGCGGGGCGGGCGGCGCGGGCGGAGGCGGCCCGGCCGGGCGGGGAGGAGUGGAGCCGCAAGGGCAGCUUCAUCCGCAAGCCGGCGCAGGGCUGGCUGCACCCCGACGAGCGGGUGCUGGGGCCCGGCGUCUCCUACAUCGUCCGGUACAUGGGGUGCAUCGAGGUGCUGCGCUCCAUGAGGUCCCUCGACUUCAACACCCGGACACAGGUCACCAGGGAAGCCAUCAACAGACUGUACGAGGCAGUGCCGGGCGUCAAGGGCAUCUGGAAGAAGAAGGCUCCCAACAAAGCCCUCUUCUCCAUCCUGGGCAAGAGCAACCUUCGCUUUGCUGGCAUGAGCAUCGCUGUCAACAUCUCCGUUGAUGGGUUGAACCUCAUGAUCCCCACCACGCGCCAGAUCAUCGCCAACCACCACAUGCAAUCCAUCUCCUUCGCCUCUGGUGGGGACACGGACACCACGGACUAUGUCGCCUACGUCGCCAAGGACCCCAUCAACCAGAGAGCCUGCCACAUCCUGGAGUGCUGCGAGGGGCUGGCGCAGAGCGUCAUCAGCACGGUGGGACAGGCCUUCGAGCUGCGCUUCAAGCAGUACCUGCACAGCCCCCCCAAGGUGGUGGUACCCCCAGACAGGGCACUGGGUGCAGAGGAAUCAGCCUGGGGAGAGGAUGAAGAGGUGGCCGAGCACGAUUACUACAACAGCAUCCCGGGGAAGGAGCCACCCCCGGGGGGGCUGAUCGACUCCCGGCUCCGGCACGGCACAAUCCUGGGCCACGUCCGCACUCAGCCCUCCGGCUCCGGCCCCCCCAGCCAGGGCAGCUUUGCAGCCAGGCGAGACCAGAGCAGCCAGCCAGGGCCACCCUGGGACCUGGAGAGCCAGGGCCAGCCCUGCGACGGGUACCUGGAGGCGGACGGCCACCCCCUGGGCCCACGGGACUACGAGGAGCACAUGUAUGUGAACACGCAGAGCCUGGACGCCUGGGAGCCAGAGGCAGCAGCUCGCGGGGCGCUGGAGGAGAGCCCCAAAAAGGACCUCUUUGAUAUGAGACCGUUCGAGGAUGCCCUGAAGCUCCAUGAGUGCAUUGCCGGAGGUGGCACCAGCCCCCCCAUCGAGGACCAGUGGCCGAGCCCCCCCACGCGGAAGGCCCCCAUCGCCCCCACGGAGGAGCAGCUCAGGCGGGAGCCGUGGUACCACGGGAAGAUGAGCCGGCGGGACGCUGAGAGGCUCCUGCAGAUGGACGGGGACUUCCUGGUGCGGGACAGCCUCACCAACCCGGGGCAGUACGUGCUGACCGGCAUGCACAGCGGGCAGCCCAAGCACCUGCUGCUGGUGGAUCCUGAGGGAGUGGUGAGGACCAAGGACGUGCUGUUUGAGAGCAUCAGCCACCUCAUCAGCCACCACCGGCAGAACGAGCAGCCCAUCGUGGCCGCGGAGAGCGAGCUGCACCUCCGCCAGGUUGUCCGGAGGAAGCAGUGAUGCCGGAGGGUACGUGAGCCCCCGACCCACUCCCCUGGCACCGGACUCGCCCCAGCUCUGGGGCAAAGCCGGGGCCCGUCUGCGCUCCCCUCCUCCGAUUGUGCCUGGCCUCUGGGGAAGGCAAAGGCCCCCCCCAACAUGCCAGGGUCAGGUUCCCUAUCCCCCUCCCCAGCGUGGCCCCACGGUCCCUGGCCCCGAAGGGCCCCCCCACAUUACUGCCUCCCCUCCAUCGUCUGCAUGGGGCCCCUUGCCCAGCUGGACAUGAAGAUGUUUAUUCCACGCGUGCAGGUGAAAUGGUGCCAGGGUGGGAGCCCGUGGGUGGCCUCACCAAGAGGUGUGGAGCCCAAAUUCGGCUCGGGCAGCGCUGCCUGCUCCUGCCUGGGGCUGCCCGCGGCUCACCCCAGCAAUGGGAGGGGGCCCGGGCGGGCAUCGCUGUGGGGCUGCCCUGUCCCCCUCCUGCCUGGGGGCCCUGCCUGCACAGGGCUGUGUGCACCCAGCCCCUGGUACUGCCAGCCCCCGCUGCCCAGCGCUGCUGCCGCUGGGGCCGGCUCCAUCUCGGUGCAAGGAAUUGGUCUCUGGAUGAUGAUAGAGCAAAUGGGGUCUAGGCUGGUGCCAGGAGCCUCAUCCCAGGGCUCCCAGGGUGGGAUGGGGUGAGCAGCCUUGGCGUGUGCAUGCACGCGUGUGUGCAUAUCUGUGUGCGUGCAUAGGUAUGUGAGGGGCAGCUGGGAGGACCAGCCCCUUCCCCAUAGGGCUGUGCCUCUCGCCCAGUGUUGCUGCUCAGGACCCAGCUCCCUGCCUUGGUUCCCCCUCUCUGCCAGGACAUUCAGGGGGUGCCCCCAUCCAUGGGGUCUUCUGUCAGUGUGGGUUGUAGCCCCCGGCUUGGCUCUGCCCAUGGGGCUGGGCACAAUGUCUCUUGGAGGCCAGUGGUGCUGGAUCUCCCUGUCGGUCCCACAUUUCCAGCUGGAUUCUCCCCAGGAGUGACUGCCACGUGAGGCUCCCGGCGGCCCCGAGCCCCCGCAGCCCUUCCCAGGCCGGGGCCAGGAUGAAGCUGCUGCGGGGAAGGUGCGUGGCAGAGGCAAGCUCCUGGCACUGGCUCAUGAGGCCAGGGCUGCCAGGAGGAGAGGCGGCCCCUGGCCCCUGGGGGACCCCCCGGCCGGCUCGGGGCUUCGGCAGGUUUUUAUGGCAUACACGGCCCCUUCUCCACUGUGUCUGGCACUCGGCACGGGUUCGUGGUUUGGAAUACGUUUCUAAUUAAACCUGGAAAUAAGCAA